UGGGAAUGGUUGACUUCACAUACUGCCUACUACAAGAAGGAUACAGCUUGAUGAUUCAUGUCUUUCAUCUAGUUUGUCUGCAGAUUUUAAAUUUUCCUAAUGAAUACGGUCUUAUAUUUAGGGGACAUAACAAGGCAGCAAAAAUGAAGCGCUCCCUUGGACUUUGCUUGGUGGUCUGUUUUGGGAUACUCGAUUUGGGCUGUGCACUUCGUUGCUUCAAGUGCUCCGAUUACACAGGGCGCUGCGAAAAUGUUCAAGACUGCACUUAUGAAGAUUCCUGUUUAUCUCUGAGUGAAAGAGGUGGGAAGACAAUUCGACAGUGUAUCAGAUACACAGACUGUGACAAUUCUCGGCUGUCCCAGAUGUUCCCUGCAGUCUCCGGAUUCACGUACCGGUGUUGCAGCAGCAACCUGUGUAAUAGUAGUACCACUAUUGCCACGAGAGGGCCAGUUUUCGCUUUGAUGGGGUCACUAUUGGUCUUUUGGUGGUCCUCACUGUGAGCUCCAACUGCCAUGGACAGCUGACGCAGAGCCGUCAAUGGAGCUGCAGAUUGAUUGCAGUCAGUAAUAUGAUUUUAUGUUAUUGUUGAUAGUUAAAUUUGUUGUUUAAACUGUGGAUGAACAAUGUCCGACUUAGCUGCAGUCUUCCUGUUUUCUCAAAUGCUUUUUUUUCAGUGAACUAACCUAGAGGAACACUCAAAAUAGAAAUGUACAUGUUUAUUUAUUUUGGUUGUUGUAAAUUGAUACUUGACAGUUAUGUGCAUAUUUGGGUUAGGCCAUUCGCUUUAGAAGCAUCAGGCUAAGACAACCUUGUUCAUCCAAUAAUGAAUAACCGGGAACAUAGUACAUGCUAUCCAUACUGUAGUCUGAAGGAGGGUUUCCUCCCACUUUAUGUACACUUACUACAGCCUCAUUUUACCAUGAUGAUUAAUCAAUUUCACUAGGAACGCAGAAUAGUCGUGAAGAUAGGCUGCACAGAUGGGAUGGGAUAUGUUAGUAAUCUAUUCACCCACCUAGGCACCUACUCACCCAAGUCAAGACUGAAAAAAAUGUAAGCUGAAAAUAUAUUUCCCCAGUGUUUUAAGUUGUGAUAAGAAAUAUGUUUCAAUAACAUUUAAAACCAUGUUAAAAGUUGUAAAUUGUCAAUCAGUUUUAUUCUCACUUGUAAAAGACUCACCCAAACCAAUAAAAUGAC